AUGUACGGCUUGUCCUUCCUCUCUGAGAACUACUCUGAGCAGAACUGUAAGACCAGCGUGUCCACCCAUCAGCUGUUAGCAGACGUGUUCAGUGUCAACAACGUCCUUCACGGACUACAGCUGAAGAUGGACAUACUACAGAACAAACACAAUCCCAAUUUGCACUUCUGGGCUCGGUCAUGGGUGAACUCUGACGAGGACCAGCCCAUGGGCGGUCUCCCUGACUGCAUCCACUUGACAGACAACUCUCUGAACAACCACAACUCCCCCAAGACUGACACUUACAUCACCAGCGAACACAGUUUGGAGAGCUGGCUGGACCUCAGUGGGGAGUUGGAGCCUCCGGACCCUCUGGCCAGGCUGCCUCAGCUUCAACACCGCAUCAAGCAGCUCCUCACAGACCUGAGCAAGUCUGAAAAAUACCAACUGGAGUCUGAGACCCUGAGUCAGUGUGAGUCGCUACGUGGUGGUAGUUCUGCCCGGCAACAAGACCAUGUCCCCCAGUGCUCAGAGGACGGGAGAUUCAGACACGUCCAGUGCAGCGGUGCUGGUGGUGAGUGCUGGUGUGUGAACGCUGAGGGAGCUGAGAUCUCUGGAACCAGACAGAACGGAUCAGCUGUGUACUGUGAGCAGAACGCCCUCUUUCCUGGAAAUAUCUGUUUUAACCGUCCUGCGCCUCCACAGACAGCAGGCCCUGCUGAGUGGCGAUGCCCCCUGGUGCCCCAGUGCCAGGCCUCUGGGGAGUACCAGGCGGUGCAGUGUGACAGCGCCCGGGGACAGUGCUGGUGUGUAGACCGGAAGGCAUGGAUCUACGGGACCCGGCAGAACGGAAAGCCCUCUCAGUGCCCAAGCAGCUGUGAGGUGAGGUCGAGGCGUCUCCUCCACGGCGUCGGGGAGCGUCCCCCUCAGUGCUCGGCCGAUGGCUCCUUCCUGUCCGUGCAGUGCAAGUUUGUCAACACCACUGACAGGAUGGUCUUGGACCUGCUGCACACGUUCAACAGGUUCCCUAAAGUAUUCCAGACGUUCAGCAGCUUCAGACAGAUGUUCCCAGAGGUGUCCAGUUACUGUUUCUGUGCUGACAGCAGAGGCAGGGAGCUCCCCAGCACAGGUGUGGAGCUGCUGCUAGAUGAGGUGUAUGACACCUUCUCAGGUCUGGAACCAGGCCGCUCCUUCUCCCAGACCAACAUGUACCGCAUCCUACAGAGGAGAUUCCUGGCCAUCCAGCUGGCGAUGAGUGGCAGGUUAGAUGUACGUUAA